ACCAAGAUGACACUUCUCUUCCUAUCGACAAGGUAUAAAGCGAUAGGCCGCUCGGUCGUUGCAAGGCAGCUUUUGUACACUCGGCAGAUGUCGUUCAUCAGCGGGACUGUGAAGCUGCCUACCAUCGUGCCUGGCGAUGAACCAGCUGAGUUCAAGUAUUUUGACAGCCAGCCAGCGGGAACAGAAUCGACGCCAUCGACGACGAUAAUUAGCGUUCAUGGCGUUACUUUUCAUUCUGCUAUCUGGGACCGAUGGCUACCCUCCUUGAGAGAAAACAAUAUUCGGCUCUUGAGCUAUAACAGGAGAGGAUACGAAGGCUCUCCAUCCAUUCACAAGGAGGACCCUCCCUCGGCCGGAUUGGUUCAGACAACGGUUCGAUACACACUUGACAUGCUGAAGUUCAUGAAAUACGCGGUGGAUGAACUAGGUGUUCAGCCAACUGACAAGAAGCGCAAAAGUGGAGGUGUUGUUCUUCUUGGAUGGUCGAAAGGCUGCAUUCCUCCUAUCGCCCUCAUGGCAUCCAUGCGACAUGUUAAGAACCCCCUGUUCCCCAUGCCGCCUGAAGUAGUUUCUCUGGAGCCUAUGCUUGAAUCCUACCUUCGGGCUGUCCUGCUUUACGAGCCUCCUGGCACGGCGUCCGGCCGUCCUCCCACCGAAGAUACGAAAGAGUUUGCUGUUGGCCCUUCAGAAAUUCAAACUGCCUUCUAUAACUGGGUUAUCAAGAAGAUAAAUCCUGAUCUGUUGCCUGCACUCAACAACGCAUACAACGGUGAGCACACCGCCCACGAGUUCUCUUGGUACCUUGCCCCCGAUCGCCCAACCAUCGAACAAAUAGCUUAUCAAGCAUUUGACCCUGUCCCUCCUAACCUUGGGGUUGGACUGAUGCUCGGCGAGGAGGCAAGCGACUAUUGCAAGGAUGCUGGAGAUUGGAUCCAGCAGCGUUUGGCACAACAACCUCACACAGCUACAGCGAUCAUACCGGGGGCAGGUCAUUUCGCGAUGAUCUCGCACCCAGACGCCUUCACCAAAAGCAUUGUAGAUGUGUUGCACAAGCUGGAUGUCUAG